GUCCAAGUAAAAGGCUAUUCCACCGCCCAUUUCGCAGGUCGACUAAAGGUGUUAUCCCUCCAGGCUUAUAUACCCUCCAAUCCCACCGUCGCUGCCUUCUCUGCCCGCAUUUUCCUGCUUAUACUCUUGCUUCCCUAUUUACCGUCUGGGCCACUUCAAUCACAGGCUCAAAAUGCUGCCUUCGUUAUCCCUUGUAUCAGUAAUCUUACUAUCUUUCUCAUGGGAGGCUUUCGGGGCACCUCGACCAUCUGCAUCGUCUGGUGGACUAUCAAUUCCUAUUGUAAGACGAACCCGUGCAGCUCGCAACGCAACAGAAUGGGCGAUGCAUGCCAAGAAGCAAAGGCAAGCACUCGCAGCAAAGUAUAGUCGAUCUUCCCAACAGAAGAGAAGUACUGGAAUGAACCUCAUCGUCGACCAGGACUAUGACUCUUCUUAUUUUGGGUCUCUUGCAAUUGGAACCCCUCCUGUCUCAUUCGAUAUUAUACUAGACACUGGCUCAUCUGAUCUUUGGGUAGCUAGCGCAGCCUGUGGAGCAGCUUGUACGAAGAGUAAUACCUUCAAUGCUGCAAGUUCAUCAAGUUUUAAAAACUUGUCGCAAUCUUUUGUUAUUCAAUAUGGCGAGGGCGAAGCUGAAGGUACCCUCGGACAAGAUAUCGUUCAAAUGGCUGGAUUCUCUGUUAACAACCAGGUGUUUGCUGUCGUUGAUGCCGUGUCACAAAAUCUUCUCACUAGUCCAGUAUCUGGUUUGAUGGGUCUUGCGUGGCAGUCUAUAGCACAGUCGGGCGCAACUCCAUUUUGGCAAACGCUGGCCAGUAGUAACUCUUGGGAUUCGCCGCUCAUGUCCUUUCAAUUAACACGCUUUCUCAACGCAACUAAUCCCCAGAGUUUGGAACCCGGAGGAGUCUUCACAAUGGGAUACACUAAUCAGAGUCUAUACACUGGUUCAAUUGACUAUCAAAAUGUCAUUUCAUCUUCAUGGUGGCUUCUGCCUCUCAAAACUGUCACUGUUCAAGGUACCUCUAUCAAUACCAACUCCGCCUAUGCUGCUAUCGACACUGGCACAACCAACGUUGGUGGACCAUCAGACUCCAUUGCAUCCAUUUAUGCACAAAUACCAGGCUCCGCCGCGAUUACGUCUGACAAUUAUCAAGGUUACUAUAGCUAUCCGUGUAAUACCGUUGUUGACGUGUCCCUGAACUUUGGUGGUAACACCUGGGCCAUCAGUCCCGCGGAUUUCCAGUAUACGCAGCUCGAAGGUAGUACUACUGAGUGUAUCGGUGCGUUCUUUGUGGCGGAAAGCGGUAGCGGUAAUUCCGAUGGCUCUCCCUCUUGGAUAAUAGGCGACACUUUCCUUAAAAACGUCUACUCUGUUUUCCGCUAUAACCCUGCAUCUGUUGGGUUUGCUGCGCUCUCCGAAACGGCUCUCGCGAUGAACGGAGUGAAUGCCGCUGCCCCAACGCCAACUAUAGGGUCUGUUUCUGCGUCUGCCACCGCCGAAGGCGAUCGCACCUCUAGCGCAGCAUUGCCCAAACAUUCAUUUAGCACACUUACUGUCAUCAUCAGCACUGUUGUCUUCGUUUUAUCGCUAUAGGUAGUUGUUCCAAUCUCAUCUGAUAUUAUUUAGGAUAGCAAUGCUGUGUGUCGGAUUACGCAUGGAAAUACGGGGUGACGGACCAUACUGACGAACUGUUAUGUUAAUAUUUAUAUUAGGAGCAGUAAAGCUCGUGUAAUUUAUGUUACAGGACAGGCAGGCUGGACUGUUCGUGUUUAUUGUAAGAAAGCGUGAGUGUUUUAGAAGUAAUUGGGAAGCGAUAGUGCUUGAAAGAAGUACAGUCGGAUAGUAUGGAAGAGACUGCCAGGCGGUACGAAGGCGCCAGAGAUCUGUGUAGAACAAUAGCAUUAUUUCGCACGACUGAGCAAGUGAAUGAGGGCAUCUGCAUGACUGUCAAUGGCAAUGCCUGGCUUAGGGGCAUUGCAGUGCACUUUUUUGUACUACUGCGGCCCCUCUUGCAUUUAACGUAUAUUAUAUGAUAGGGGUUCCAAGGAACAGCCUUAGACUCGCUGAAGCGCUGAAGGGCUUGCCACUGGCAGUGUCAAUGAUAAGCUCGGUGCCAGUGACACACUGUUGCAGCACCGUCUGU